GUGGUUAAACAGACGCUCAUUUAUAUACUAGAAACUAUCUCCAAGGAAUGUACAAUGUCAGCUCGCAAACGAAGCCGAGAGCAUCACGAGGACAGACAUGAACGAAAGAAACACAAGGAGUCAAAACAAGAUGAUGACAAAUUCAAGAACCAAACCAGAAAACUGAUUCAAGAGGUGCAGAAACUCAAGCAUGUGGAGACUUUCUAUGAAAAUCCUCCUCCUGGGUUCAUCAAGGAAGAUGAUUACAAACCAGAGGACUGUAUUCCUGAUGACCCUGGUAAUGAGGAUGCCAGGAGCUUCUUGGCUCACGCUCCCACUAAAGGACUGUGGAUGCCUCUGGGAAAAGAGGUGAAGGUCAUGCAGUGCUGGAGAUGUAAGCAGUACGGCCACAGAACGGGAGACAAAGAAUGUCCGUUCUUCAUCAAAGGCAACCAGAAACUGGAGCAGUUCAGAGUAGCACAUGAGGAUCCAAUGUACGAUAUCAUUCGAGAAAACAAACGCAAUGAAAAAGAGACAAGGAUCCAGCAGUUGAAACAGCUGCUUCAAGACACCACCUCUGACUCUGACUCCACCUCAACUUCCUCUGCCUCCUCUGAUCACAACCGGAAGAAGAAGAAGAAGAAAAAGGAGAAGAGGAAGAAAGAAAAGAAGAAACACAAGAAGAAAAAGAAGAAGCACACGGCCAAGGCUAGCGAUGACUCAGACUCAGACUGAAACAGGGGCCAGUGGUCUGGAUGUCUCAGUGCUCAUCAUUAGAAGCUCUGCAAUAGUGUGUCAGCCCUAUCAAGUAUACACAGGAGGCUUCCUAUCAGUUCCCCGGGCCAUCUUCACGUCUGCUUAAUAAUUCAUGGAUGCAUUAAUCCCCUCUGUCGCAUGGAAUGCUUAGGAUAUAUGCAUCUUCUUUAUCAGAUUUCCUACAGCUGUUCCUUAUCAGGCUGUUUGUUCCUUGGGCUUAUUGGACUGAAGUCUGAGUUGAACAGAGUUUCUGAAUGUAUGUUAAUUUACAUUUUGAGAAUGCGUCAUUGUGAAAAUAACUGACGAGAGCUUAUGAUACAUGCCAUCUGCUGUCUUGAACAGUGACGUCCAUAAAUGUCAUGCAAAUAAAUCAAUGACUAUUCAGCA